GGGAAAUUUACUAAGACAGAGGAUAAUCCUGGACCCGGGACUUAUAACUUUUAUGAGAAUUUGAUCACCCUUAGGAGGUACUACAACAACAACAUCAACAACAACACCACCACGAAGCUAACGCCAGCCGCCUGCUGCCUCAGAGACUUGACUGAAGUCCUCUCUACAUUCUAACUCCUUCGAAAUACUGGUCUUGAAAAGUCCUAGGCUUAUCUUAUUAUGAGAAUUUGAUCAUGCUAGAUGAAAGAAGACCUUGAGAAGAUUGAGUAUAGUAACUUGUAUGUCUCAUUUAGAAGAUGAACUUCAUUGUUGGUAAUGAUCAAUAAAGCUUCGCGUUAUUAGGGACACCCACGAACCCUAAACCCUCACAACUUCAACAUUCAUCAGAGAAAUUCGUAGAACUCGUAAGAGAUUCAGGGAAGUCGUAGGUCCAAUCCGACCCGACGGACUAGCAUCAUCAUCGGCAUCAUUAGGGACCCGCACGGUUAUAACGAUCAGGAUUCCACUGCUAAAACAAGCAGGACCUCCACGCAGUUGGCUCAAACCAACGAAGUAAGAUUCCAAGACAAGCCGGUGAGCGACAGAGACAAGGCGGCCUUGUGGUAUGUAGUAAGACCGCGCCGAGUGUGCCUGAUCAGGCAGUCCAGACGGAAGAAAUCAUGCGCGAAAAACUUCAGAUGGAAGGUGGAGAUUUUGUUGGGAGUAAGAAGUAUGGCGAUCAUGGGGUUUUUGGAAAACUAAGCAGGUACUUAUGUACGCAAGUGUGUGGCCAAGCGGACGAAGAACUACUGCAGUGA